AUGCAUAUCCAAAUCCUUCAUUUUCAGCCUAAUCCUAUAUUCCCUAUCACAUUAACCCCACCAAAAUUCCAUUUUCCUUAAUUCUAUUAUAUAAUCCAAUCUAAAUCAGUGUAAAUUUAAGCGAAAAAAUUAUGACAGAAGACCGCUCUCAAAAGAAAACUCAACUCGACAAAUUUUUAUCAAGCAUAAGCGAUAACUACAGCAGAUACGAAACAGAUGCCACCCUAGAUAACUCCCAAAUCCUCACAAAUGAUAAUACCCUUACAGAAAAAUCAGGCUGACUUCUAAAGAAGUCUAAUAAUAUUUUACGAGGCUACCAGCAACGUUAUUUUGUAUUAAAAGACAAAAGGCUGGUUUACUAUAGAAAAGAGUCUGAUCCUCAGCCAGCUGGGAUUAUUAAUUUUAAUCUCAUAACAGUCGACGUGCAGGUCUAUGACCCAGAAAUGCCUAGAAAAGUGUAUAUUAAACCUUUAGGCUCAAAAAGGUGUUUUGUGCUUAAAUCAUAUGAUUGUAAAGAAAUUAUUGAAUGGGCUCGAGCUUUGUAUAGGCAUAUUACAUAUUCUGAUGGGAAAAAACUAGACAUUACGACUGUGAGUAUGCAGAGAGAAUUUUGGAGAUUUGAUAGGGUUUCUGAGGAACAGUUUAGGUACCAAGCGUGCACAGGGGAUUUGAUAUUGUUUAAAGGGAAAAGUGUUGCAGCGAAGCUGCAAAGAAGCGUUUUAAGGGGCAGAUAUGACCAUGUAGCUUUAUUAUAAUGCCAGUAAUUAAAUAGGUAAAAAAAUGUUUAUUUAUAAAUAAAAAUAAAAUUAAUCUAAUGAAUAAUACUUUGCUACUCAUCUGGGGAUAUAGCUAUAUUAGAAGCUACUGAAGACAAUGGCGUUUCUAUUGUCCACUGGGACGAUUUUCUACGAUACGGCUGGUAUAAGCUUUAUAAAAGAAUAGCAUUCCGUAAGCUUACAAUGGACAGAUCCGAAGAAACCUUACUGAAACUCGAAAAUUUUAUAGAACACACCAAAGGAAAAAAAUAUAAAAUUUCAUAUAAAAAAGUUUUUGGUAUUGACCAACAUAGACAGCCAGGUGAUGAGGAUAAUUAUUUUUGCUCUGAACUGAUUGCUUCUGCUUAUAAAGCAUUAGGAAUUUUAAAUCAAAAUAUCGCUUCAAGUCGGUAUUGGCCUGGAGAUUUUGAAAGUAAAAAUUCUAUACCUUUAACAGAUGCAGAACUCGGUGAAGAAAUCAUGAUUGAUUUUGAACUGUAA